CCCCACACCCACGCCCUGGAGCGGCAGUGCGCAAGCGCGGCGGGUCCGCGGCCGUUGGGUCUUAUGUCGCGCCGGGCCCUACGGAGGCUGCGGGGAGAACAGCGGGGCCAGGAGCCCCUGGAGCCUGGGGCCCUGCGCCUAGGCCUCGAGGAUCGUGAUGACGGCGGUGAGGAGGAAGACGAGGAAGUGGGGCAGCUGCCGAGCGACCCCCGCCGGAGGAGGGGGAGGAGGGAGCGCAGCGCCAUUAGCAACUUGUACGAACUGAUAACCAGUGAAGAACCUGAGGAUGAACUUUUAUCCAAAGCAAGGGGAGAAGAUUACAGACUGAAGGUACAAGAGGGCGCAGAGAAUAACAGUGACACUAAAAAUGGAGAACUAGAAGUCAGCCAAGAAAGAGAUGGAGAAGGUGUUCCACGUGAAAACCAGGCAACAGCUAGUUCACAGCCUAAUCUGAACAACAAGCCACGGAAGAAGAAGAAGAAGAAGAAAAAUAAGAAAACCACAAUAGGAGAAACUCCGGAAGAUGAUGGUCUGGAGGAUAUUGACAGCAUUUUAGAGAAAAUUGAAGUUACCAAUGGUCUCUCAAAUCAGUCUCAUAGCAGUGUCAUCAUGGAGAGUCGGCCUCUUCUCUAUGUUGAACACAGACACUUGAAUCCAGAGACAGAGUUGAAAAGGUAUUUUGGAGCUCGAGCUGUCCUUGGAGAUCAGAGACCUCGGCAGAGACAGCGUCAGUACCACCGAAGCACAUGGCUGACCACACCGAAGAGCACCUGGCCCCGCUAUAGCAAAACAGGUAUCACAAUGCGAGUGCUGGAAUCAAAAAGGGGAGUUCAGCACUUCACAUUUGAACACCACCGAGAGUACCAGCAGGUGCAGUUCCAGUUCCUAAAUGCAGUGGAGUCCAUGGACCCAAAUAAUAUUGUGCUUCUGCUCCAGGGAAAUCCUUAUCACAUAGACUCACUGCUCCAGCUCAGUGAUGUAUGUCGACUCCAGGAGGAUCAGGAGAUGGCUCGUGAUCUUAUAGAGAGAGCUUUGUACAGUUUGGAAUGCGCAUUUCACCCUUUGUUUAGUCUCACCAGUGGAACCUGCAGACUAGAUUAUCGAAGAACUGAGAACAGAGCUUUCUACCUGGUUCUCUUCAAGCACAUGAUGUUCCUGGAGAGGAGAGGCUGUCCCCGAACAGCCCUGGAAUUCUGCAAACUUAUCCUAAGCCUCGAUCCAGACAAUGACCCCCUCUGCUUGUUGCUGAUUAUUGAUUUGCUGGCGUUACGAGCCAGGGAUUAUGGGUUCCUAAUACGUAUGUUCCAGGAAUGGGAGAGUCAUCGAAACUUGUCCCAGCUCCCAAAUUUUGCUUUCUCCGUUCCACUGGCAUAUUUUCUUCUCAGUCAGCAAGAUGAUCUCCCAGAGGUUGAACUGAGUUCUGCAAGGGAGAAUGCCUCUCGCCUAAUCCGGCAGGCACUCAUCAUGUUCCCUGGCGUUCUCAUGCCCCUGCUGGAUCGCUGCAGUGUGCGCCCAGAUGCUGCGGUUUUAGCUCACCCUUUCUUUGGACUCAGUACUCAGAUAAGCCAACCUCCUGCCUUGACCCAGCUGGUUGCCCUCUACAUUGGGAGGACAUACUCUCUCUGGAAGGAUUCUAUCAUCAUGGCUUGGCUAGAAACAAACGUCAGAGAAGUGCUGCAGACGGUAGAUGCUGGUGAACCCAUAGUGGAAGAAUCUGAAAGAAGGCGGAAAGUCCGGUACCAAAGUGCCCCCAGAAAUAUCUAUCGCCAUGUGAUCCUUUCUGAGAUGAAGGAGGCUACCGCAGCCCUGCCUCUGGAAGUGACAUCCCAGCCUGUGAUGGGGUUUGACCCUCUGCCUCCCCUGGAUUCCAUCACUUCCUACACCAGACCUCGAAGGGCAAACCGUUACUCCAAUGAAAGCACAUUAUCUCUCUUCUUUCGAUCAUUGUUGCCAAAUUUUACCUUUCAGGGAGAAGAUACACCAGAUGAAAUAGAUCCGGUUGGUGCAGAAGAGGACCUCGACCAGGGUUUGAACAGGCUGAUGGCAGCCAUGCGGGACCUGCUGGCCAAUAUCCAGUUCCAGGACCCUCCGACCGAAGAUAACCCUGAUGGGAAUGGAGAUGAGGAUGAAGAUGAGGAUGAAGACUGGGACUAAGACAAGAGCAUCCAGAAUCCCAGUGAUAUGCUGUAUAAUUAUGUUCGUGAUUUUUUCGGUUGAAAUUUAAUAGUUCCCUAAAGUAAAAAAGUAAGUGCUUAAUUUA